AUGGCUUCCAACGCUCCCGGAAAUUGCUGUGCGACUGGAUUCAAACAUGAAGGGAAUCCUGCAGGUGAACUCGUAAACAUUCGAGGCGUGCAAAACUACAUCGCUCGUCCGGCUGAUCAGAGAAGUCCCGAGAAAGUUGUUAUUAUCCUUAGUGAUAUCUUUGGAGUCUCUUUCAUCAACAAUCAACUUCUAGCGGAUGACUUCGCUGCUCGCGGGUACUUGGCCAUUGUACCAGAUCUUUUCAAAGGUGAUCCAAUCCGGUUUGGCGACAUCGAGGACAUCAAGGUCCAACUUCCUUCUUGGUUUCCUAACCACCAGCCAAUUCAUGUUGAUCCUAUUGUAGAAUCAACCAUCCAGUAUGUGAGAGAUGACCUAGGUGCCACCAGGGUUGCCGCUGCUGGUUAUUGCUUUGGUGCAAAGUAUGUCUGUCGUUACUUAAAAGAUGGAGGCUUUGAUGUGGGAUAUCUUGCCCACCCUUCUCAUGUCUCGCAUGAAGAGCUUGCUCCAAUUUCUGGACCUCUUUCUAUUGCGGCUUCUGAAAUCGACGAGAUCUUCACGACUCAGCUCCGACAUGAAUCUGAGGAUAUCUUGAUCAAGAAUGGCCAACCUUGGCAGAUCAAUCUAUAUGGGGGUGUGACGCAUGGGUUUGCUGUCCGUACAGACCUGAGCAACAUGUCCUGGAAGUUUGCUAAGGAGCAAGCCUUCGUUCAGGCAGUUGAUUGGUUCAAUCAUUACCUCUAUGUAAACGAGGGGAAGAGCUUCUUCUUUUCUUGA